AUGCCCAAUAUGGUAGCUUUUUUGUUCUCUCUUCUGGUGGCCGUUCAAUACUCGCAACAGGGAUAUUGGGAAGAGAAAUCGUUUGGCAUUAUGAGGGAUUUUUACAAGGUAUUUCGAGAAGAGGCUACAUUUGACCAAGCCGAACAGCGAUGCGUUGCGCAUGGCGGACAUUUGGUGUCAAUCCAUAGCAACGCGGAAAACGAUUUUGUUUACGGGCUUGCAACAACUGGGCAGCAAAAGGAUAAGUACACCGAUUUCCCGUGGAUUGGACUAAAACAGAAGUACUAUCCGCGGGAUAUAGCGUGGUCCUGGAUAGACAAUACUCCUAUGAAUUACUUCAAUUGGUCCACCAAGCAACCGGACAAUGGAGGGCCUGGUGAACACUGUGCACAGAUGUUCACCGACAAGGCAAACCUAUAUGCAGCGAAGGAGAGACUCUGGAACGAUAUUCAUUGUGAGACAAAGUUGGCACAGUUCGUGUGCAAAAGGUCCGUUGUUCCCAAAUACGGCAGAUAG